AUGGGUGCUGCAGAACCUGUGGUGCAUAUAGAAAAUGAAGAAGAAUCAGUGCGUGAAGAAGAAAUGGAGGAAAAAGGGCAAAAAGAAGACGAAUUGAAGGAUUUGGAGAAAGGUGAGAUGAAUAUUCAAAAACCAGAAGUUCAAAAUCAGGCUCCAGAAGAAGUUCACAUGUCGAGAAUGCGAAGAUUGAGCAAUACAAAUCCUUUAAGACUUGUAAUGAAUAAUGCAACAAGAUUUGCUUCUCCUUCUCAUCAGCCCCCUCGCCCUUCUCAGCCGCCUCAGCCUCCUCCUCCACCUCCUCCUCCUCCUCCUCCUUUGCAGCAGCCUCGCUCUACGCCUACCCCACAACAAUCAGUGGUAACUCUGAAUUCAAGAUCAUACACAAACAGGAUUUCCCUGUUUUUGUUCCUUGUCCAUAUGGUUCUGGCUUUUGGAUUGGUGUGUUUUAUGAUAUUUAAAGGAGUGCAAGGCCUAAUAGAAGAAGCCGGGAUUCUUUUAAUUUGCUUCCAAAGGCCGGAAACGGAUGGAGUUGGAGCUCUUUUUAUUGUGUUUGCUAUUGGUAACGGAUUAUAUGCGUGUUGGGUUUCGCAUAAAACUGGUUUUUGCUCCAAGAUUUUCAUCAAGGCACUUGAACCCGUAUCCAAAUUUCCUGAUCUAAAUCGUCCUACUUAUUGGAUGGUCGGUGCUGGAUUUUGUUGGAUGUCGUUUUGGAUAUUAGCUGUAAUUGGGUCGCUGAAUUUCUACGCACCGCCAUUGAUUAUAAUUGCAUUGGUGUUGAGCUUGGCUUGGACUGCUGAGGUUAUGAGGAAUGUGGCUAAUUUAACAGUUAGCAGAGUAAUUUCUCUUUAUUAUCUCAGAGGUAUGCAAUCUAGUACCCAGUUUUGCUUUCAAAGGGCCUUGUCCAACAAUCUGGGGAGUGCUUGUCUUGGUUCCCUUUUUGUUCCUGCAAUUGAAGCUUUGAGAAUUUUGGCACGCGGGUUGAAUUUGCUCGAGGGAGAAGAUGAGUUCAUGUUUUCUUGUGCACAUUGCUGUCUCAGGGUUAUGGAAUCAAUCUUUCGACGAGGGAAUGGCUGGGCGUACGUUCAGAUUGCUGCAUAUGGAAAAGAUUUUGUGAAGGCAUCACAAGACACUUGGGAGCUAUUUGAGAAGAGAGAGAUGGCACCAAUUGUCGACUCUGAUAUAACAAGCGCCAUUUGCUUUCUCACUGGAGUUUGCAGUGGCUCAAUAUGUGUAAUUGUGGUAGCUGCUUGGACAGCCACUGUGCAUCGUGGUUACACUGCCACCCUCUCAGUCCUAGCCGCCUUCAUCGGUUACCUAAUGACGAGGAUUGCCAUGGCGCUGCCUCAAGCCUGUGUGAGUUGUUACUAUGUCUGCUAUGCUGAGAAUCCUGAAAAUAGGCUAUUUGAUAAAACAAUACCAGAUCGCAUCAACUUGAUAAAAUCCGGUCGUGAUGUGGUUUUACCAACACCCAGGAUUCCUCGACGGUUCACAAGAUAA